AUGGGCCAGACACAGCUGAAAGCGGCCAGGGCCCCAGACGAACAUGUGGAUUACGAAUUUCAAGAAGAACCAAGCCUGCGGCGAGGCAGCACCUUUGAUGUGCUUCCUUACGCUGGAGAGGAACAACUACACAGCAGAAUGCAAGACCAUGGUGGAACAGGCGGCCUAUUUUUGCUGCCUGUGGUCACGACAGACUCGGUUUUGCUGAAGGAUACGACUGUGCUGCUGAUGCUGGCGUCACUGGUGACCAAGGACUUCACUUUGGUGGAUCCUCAGGUUCAUGAGGAAACACAGUCAGAGCUGUUCUCGCCUUUGCUUUCUCUCCCCAUGGAGAUUUUGUAUCAGAUUGUGGAGAUUGUCUACUACGACGAGACGACGUCUUCUAUUCCUGCAAACCUUGAGAAGUUCCUGAAGACGAUCCCCGUGCUCCUGAAGACCUUCAACCAGUUGGCCAUGCGUUUCUUAUACAAGUACGCCAUCUUCACUCGGCCCCACUCGUUCGAUAAGUUCCUUCACAACAUAUUGAACCAACCAGACCUCGGCAUCUACGUGGACUUUUUGGAUUUCCAGACCUUCACUUCGAUUGGUCUCGGCAGAACAGGCAGAAUGAACCAGGAGAUCCAGAUGGUCACCUCCCAAACUAUCGAAUUAGCGCUUCGCAUGUGCCCCAAUUUGAUUGAAUUCAUGGCAUCUGAGAACAUUCAAGACGAUAUGGACGUCACGGUGUUGCUGAUGCUCUUCAAUAACCUCCCCAAAAUCCAGGCCUUGGACUUCUGUGGAGCGUCCCUGAGGGCACUCGCUAUGGCAUUCAACGAGCUUGAAAUCACCGGCUCAGAUAUGGCAGAUUCUGAUGCAAUGUCUGACAGCGCUCUGACCAUCUCCUUGAAGAAGGGCUCCUUGAGCAACCUCUUCAAAAUCUCCUUCCACGACUGCUCUAAUUUGGCGCCAUCUGUGUUUGAGAAACUCCUACCACACUUCACUCAUUUACGCCGCCUUGAUCUCAAUCACACCUCCAUCACUUCUAGCAUUUUACUCUCGCAUCUCCCGCAUUCUUGCCGACUUACGCAUCUUUCCCUAGCUCGGUGUUCCAAGCUCACAACCAAGGAUUUGAUCAUAUUUUUGGAAAAACACCCCGCCGUGGCCCUGGACUCCCUCGAGUGGCUCAACCUCCAAAUCGACUCCAAUGUGGUGUCGCCGCUUUCAGAUGUCUAUCUCCACUACGUCCUUAACCAUCUCCUGGCAUCUAACUUGAAGUACCUCAACUUGGGGGGUCUUCCAGUGAACUCGAAAAUUCUAAAGCUCAUCAGAUCAAAGUUUGAGGCUUUGGAGAGUCUCACAAUCUCCCAUUCUACUGUUGAUAUUUCAGACUUGGAGAACUUCAUGCAUGAGAACGACCAGAUCAAGUUCCUUGAUCUUACCUCAAUCAAGUCCUUGGAUCGUUGGAAGCUCACCAACUUGCUCAAGACUUGCUACAGCACCAAUCUUGAGGCCAUUGAAUUCGACUACAAGACACUCUACGAUGUCACUGGAGGUAACUACGUCAGGGUUGAUGCUAUCCAGACUGACUUCAGAGUCCUUGGCGACCCACAGCUCCCCCAAGUAUGGAAGUUCUAUGACAACGAAGGCCGUCGUGCAUGGAUUUACAAGAUUGAUUCAUCUGAUCCCCUGUACGACUCGAUCAUUUCAGGCAACAAGCUGAACCAGAACUUCGCAUCGAACUUGGUGUACUAUGAUUUGGAGACGGGUGCAAAGAUCGAAACUAAGCUGACCAAGCCGUCGUUUCUCAAGUACGCAUCCAGAAAGGUUAAUUGCUCCAUUGGGUACUACAACCUCAACAACACGAAGAAGAAGAAGUACGUCAAGGGCGAGUUGCACGAGCUGGUAUGGCCUGUGGAGUUCAGUCAAAGAGGUAUUUACAACUACUAUUCCUUGAACGUGAAGUGA